AGAAGGUGUUGCACACCUGACAACAAUAAACAGCAAUGUGCGAUGAGUCGGGGUAUCGAAUUGAAGAGCUUCGACCACGAAGGACGACGCAGGUCAAGUAGCGUCGAACUGAGCGGGUCUGCAGAAUGUGUGAGGCAGAAGUUGGAUCUUCUGCGCCGCCAGUCCUCUGAGGAUGCGUCUAGCGCCCUGCCUAUCCACAGCCUGGGGAGAGUGGACAUUGGAGCACGUUUGCGGACCACAAUUCCGGGAAACGAGGAUGCAAGCUGCCGGGUGGAAGCUUGCGGACUCACACUCGAUGAGGCAGCCAGGCGCAUGGCGGAGGAUGGCCCAAAUAAACUCACACCACCAGAGGUGGAAGCCUUAUGGGUGAGAUUUCUGAGGACGGCAUUUGGUGGACUAUUGAACAUACUUCUAUGGAUUUGUGUGUUUGCUGAGGUGAUCUUACUGCUCGUCUAUCCGGGCCAAAAAGACCUGGUGACGCCUGCAAUUUUAUCAGCCGUGAUAUUAAUCACCGCCCUGUUGCAAUUGUAUACAGAGGUGAAGGCACUUUCGUCUAUGGAAGCAUUGCGGGACCUGCAAGUUGGAGAAGCGGUUCAAGUUGUGCGGAUGGACGCUGCACAGCGAUGUGAUUUAUCUGUGUCGGCAGAGGACCUGGUCAAAGGCGAUGUUAUUUUCUUGGACGCCGGGCAGCGAGUCCCAGCAGAUGUGCGCAUCAUACAUUGCAGCAGCUUGGAGGUUGAUAAUUCAACGCUCACUGGGGAGACGAUGCCGGAAUUGCGAUCUUCUGCAGCCGAGCCAGCCAACAUGCUCAGCACAGAGGCGCGGUGUCUCGCGUUCUCGGGUACUUCAAUUCUAAAGGGAUCAGCAACCUGUGUGGUGUAUGCCACUGGAGAUCGUACAUUCCUAGGGCAAAUUGCCAGCACGAUGAAAAGCCGUCCACCCAAAUCAUCUCUAGAAAUCCAGAUUGAACACUUUGUUCACACAAUUGCCCGAGUAGCUCUGGGAGUUACAGGGUUGGUUCUUCUAAGCGACUUGUUGGCGCCAAAAUUACGUUCUUUCUCGGUGCCCGAGGGCUUGCUACCGACUGUCACCCUCUCCUUGAUGAUAGCUUCCAGGAGGAUGUCGAGGUUGCAUGUGGUGGUCAAGAAACUCGAUGCGAUAGAGUCCUUGGGAUGUGUCUCGACAUUCUGUUCAGACAAAACUGGAACGCUGACAGCUGGCGUAAUGCAGGUUCAAGAGGUGCUGCUCCCGUUCGGGGAGGCCUUGGAGAUGAAGAGUUUCGAGGCAGAGGUCAGUGGCCGCAAAGGAAGCAUGGAGGCACUUGCAACUGCUGGUUUGCUCAACAACAAUGCGCAGGUGCUGCAGACAUCAAGUGGUGAACUUGACGUCUGCGGUUCGCCGACGGAAGUUGCCAUUUUCAAAGCGGCUUCUACAAUGCUCGGAUUGUCGAUCCGUGAUGCAGCUCCAGAGCAGGCCUGCUUCGAGAUACCCUUCAAUUCCGAGAACAAGUGGAUGCUGACUGUCCACCGCCAGCAGAAUGAGGAAUUUCCUUGCAGAGUUGUCAUCAAGGGUGCUCCUGAGAAGAUCUUGAGCCUGUGCAAAACAGGCCAAGACUUCGAUUGCAAACUAAGAGGGCUCAUGAAGAGGGGCUUGCGGGUUGUUGGCCUGGCCAGCCGGCAGCUGAAGGCAGCAGAAACGCCAGAAACAUUUGAAGGAGCUGCUCUGAGCGAUUGCAACUUCCCGGUCUCCGGCUUUGAUCUCUUGGGUUUCUUUGCUAUCGAGGACCCACCAAGAGAUGGCGUGAAGCAAGCAGUGAUGAAAUGUAAGGAUGCAGGGGUGAAGGUGGUCAUGGUGACUGGUGACCACCCAGCCACCGCCAGGGCAAUCGCAAAAUGUGUCUCAAUUUUGGGGGAAGAUGAAGAAGAUGAUGGAAAGAAGUCGGAGUCUUUCAAGGUCUUGGAAGGUGAUGACCUGGAUUCUCAUUUGCCGGAAGAAGAUUUCAACGGCCUCUCUGCGAGCUCACAGGCGUUUUGGCAACAAGCAGUUCAACGUGCGAGGGUCUUUGCGCGAGUGUCCCCCCUCCACAAGCGAAUCAUCGUGCAGGCUUAUCAGUUUUAUGGUCAAGAUGGUCUUGGUGACAUUGUUGCAAUGACUGGUGACGGUGUCAAUGACGCGCCUGCAUUGAAGCAAGCUCAGGUGGGGAUAGCAAUGGGAAUACGGGGCACUUCGGUAGCGCAGGACGUGUCUUGCACGGGUGGUGGUGCCCAUAACACAAAACCGGCCAUGGUGAUCUUACGAAAUCCAGCUGAUAGGCCAGGCUAAAGCUCUGUUUAAUGGAUUGACAAAAUGCCCUUGUGAUGCGAAUGAUGCCGCAACACUUGAUGCCAGCAUUUUUUGCAUAAUCAACUGGACAUGAUUGCAUUUUUUGGAGUGCUUUGGAAAUUUUGUUGGCUCCAGUAUGAUACUUGAUUUGCAAUAUUGUCGUUUUAGUUCGUGGUCAAGCCAUGCGUGAAGUCAAGCCGCGAGUGAAAGGAAGGAUAGUGAGACCUCCCUGGAUUUGGAUGCAGAGCGCCGGCCUUGUAUUAGCUUUACCUUUUGUAUGUAUAUAAUUUGUUCUUUUUAGUUGCCGCCUGAUGAAAUAGCAGAAUCUGUUAGUUCUCUCUCUCAAUCUUCAUCAAAACCUCUACCCCAUUUGCCUCAUCUUCAGAUUAGCUUGCCUUAGAAUUCUUGUCAUAGUUGAAGCAAGCAGAGAAUAACCCUUUUUCUCCGUGUCACUAGGUUGUGAAGGUGUUGGAUCCAUAGCAGGAAAGCUUAGAGAUCCUUCGGGCUUUGUUUCUUCUGCCCACCAGCCGGGAAAAAGAACAGCCCCUAAGCCAAAUUCCUGGGUUGGUGCCCUUUUGCGUGGUGCUUGAGUCUCUAAGUGCGUGCUGCGGCAGACAAGGAGACUUCCGAAAAGCGGGUUCUAGCGAGAAGGCCUUUGAUAAAGCGGGACACGGAAACAAUGACUUGCCUGUUCCCCCAGAAAAACCGUGAAGGCCAUCUGGAGGCAAAAAGGGUGCAGGCUCUUCUGAACAGGUGGGUUCUGGCACCAAGUUCACCCAGAAAAGAAAUUAAGGAUUGAUUUUUCCCGAAAGCAUUGCGAAGGGUUCUUCCGGAAAAUCCCUUGAACGCUGACACUUCGA